AUGCAUCGAGAAUUUGUGUUUUCCUUGGCAACAUGUUCAGCAAACCAUACUUUGUAUAGCUUAUACCUACUUUGCGGAGCAUUUGGCUUAGAGCUUUCAAUCAGGGACUCGGAUUCAUCUCAUUUUGUAGAACCUGUCAUGGCUUUUAUGAAAGCUGACUCUUUUGCAACCUUGAAGUCCAGGGCUUGGAGCACAUCCGAGCUGGCCGAGGGACUUGGCCACAUCCUCACAGACGGUCGGCUUGAAGAGGUCGAUGAUGUUGCCCCAUUCCAGGAGCUGGAGGGGAUCCUAGCUGAUUUGGAGGCCAAGCAAUCUACGGACGCGGCUAUGCAAGAGUUGAUGGCAGAGCCUGCACAAGCAGCUCCACCGGGGGAACACUGA